UUGACACAACGAAGCAGCUUACUGUGUACUAAAAAAAAAAAAGCGCCGUGUCGUUUUGGUACUAAUAUAUAAAUUGCCUUUCAAUGUUACGCUGAGCUUCUGCAGGAUUCCGCCUCGGCUUAGAGGGUAAUGGCAAUUUCACACAGAAAUUUUGAGUCAUUUAACGGAGAAAGAAUGUAGUCCUUGGCCUGCAGCUUUUACAUCAUAUAAGUGGGAUGAAAUUAUCAUUAUAUUCUGUGGAAAGAUCAGAUGAAAGUCUACAUAGGAUUCAAUAGCUCUAGAAAUAUAGUGAAAGGUGAGCCUUACCUACCUACCUACCUACCUACCUACGUCACCUAUGACGGAUCUACACGAGGCCGCCGCCGUUGGUGAUGCCCAAACUGUUGAAUACCUGCUGCUAAGCGGUGAGUCAGAUGCAGACGGGGAAGACUGGGACUGGGGCAAAAGGACACCUCUCCAUGUGGCAGCCGCUGCAGGUCAUUUGAGGUGUGUCGAGAAGCUCUUGGAACAUGGUGCCGAUGGUGAGAUGCGCAUGGCAGGAGGAUGGACGCCAGCUCACUGCGCCGCUGAACAUGGCAGCGUGGAAAUAUUGCAGGCUCUCGUUGAAAAUGGGAUCAGCGUAACAAAAAAGGACAACACUGGAGACAUGCCUAAACGAGUCGCACAGAUUUACGGGCACGAAGAGUGCGUGAAGUUUUUAGAAAGUUUAGAUAAUAAAUUCAAAGAAGAAAAACAAAAUGAGUUGGAGACUGAGGAUCAGAGCAGGACGACCACGCCCAUCUUCGACCUCGACAUGAUGAAGAGGCUCAAGACGGGGGCAGAUUCACGAAAAGGACAGCUAAUUGUGGAAGAACAAAUAAGUGAGGUGGAAACUGAAAACAAUCAAAUCUCAAGGGUCACUUUUUUAUUGACAUGAAACAGAAGCAUUGUACAAGU